AUGCAAAUUGUGUAUUUAUUUAUUUUUUUAAUAUCAGGAUUCGCAGAGGAAAACGUUGUGAGAAUUUGGCCAGAAAAUCCUGUUGUGCAAUUUGGAGGUUCCCUUGAGAUAAACUGCAGCACCAAUAUUGAAGCAGAUGCGAUUGGCCUUGAAACCCCCUUCAGAAGGGAAAUCAUUGGAACUGGAUCCAAUUGGAAAGUCUUCCGUCUCACCAACAUCAGUGACUUUCAGAACACUAUCUCAUUAUGCUAUGCUGAGAAGGAUCACGAGACAAAAUCUGCAAAAGCAACCAUUACUGUUUACAAAUCUCCAGAGAAGAUUGAGCUGGAUCCAGUACCAGAAAUGGAAGUGGGCAAGCAGUAUAAUUUGACAUGCCGGGUUUCUGGUGUAGCCCCCAUCCGGGACCUCACCGUGACCUUGCUGAAAGGGGAAGAGCAACUUCUGGUAAAGACCUAUAAGGAUCGUACUGACCGUAAGGCUGUUCCUGUUGUGGUGAACCAUCACAUGAUAGCUCAGAAAGACGACUACAACAAGACAAUCACCUGCCAAACAUCCCUGGAUCUGAGACCAACAGGACCACUCUUGAAAAAUACUUCCCACAGCAUAUCAUUAUGGACUUUUGAUUUUGCAAAGGCUCCCUUGCUCCACACUGGCCUGUUCUUAGAAGCUGGGACCCUGAUGAAAGUGACGUGUGAUGCGCCUGAGGCUUCCCCAGCCGAUGAGGCCGUGUUUGAUUUGCGGUUUGCAGGGAAGUCCCUGACCUUCAACACCACUGUGAUGGGAGGCUUGGCAAGUGCCCAGGCUGUGAUAGCCUCUUCCUCAGUUGGAGAUCAUGAGUUGAUUUGCACGGUCUCUCUGGGGCCAGUGACCAAAAACGUGAAAAAGACAGUGAAUGUGUUUGCUUUACCAAAUCCCAUCUUGCAAGUUGGCAGUUCAGAAGCUGGUCAAAAAGUGAACAUUACAUGUGGUGCGGAGGGCAGUGCUUCUCCUGGUUUUACAAUGCAGAUCACGGACACUGCCAAAAUAUUAGCAUCUGGCAACGUAAAUUUCCUGCAGCAUGAAAUGAUUGCCCAGCAAGAGGAUGACGAGAGGGAAUUCAUCUGCCAAGUAACCCUGAUCGUUGACGGGCAGGUCAAGAAAAGAAGCGUGUCUCAAAUACUUACCGUCUUCUACCGGCCCCAAAUGGAUGAUUCCAGCUGCCCCCAGACAUGGACUUGGAAGGAGGGAAGUACGGCAACACUUACCUGCUCAGCCUUGGGAAACCCCACACCGACUGUUCAGUGCUGGAAAGAUGGGAGACUUUAUAACAUCGGGGAACCACAGCUGAUCCAGAUAGAGCAUGGUGGCAUAUAUCAGUGCAAUGCUACUAACCAGUAUGGAUGGGAU